AUGUCAGAGCUCGUGGUCCUCAUGAAGGAUUUCAUGCAAGUUCCGUCUGGAGAGACGCCGACUGAGACAUAUCAUCGCCUCAAGAGCCUGUACCAGAGAUGGGUUCGUCCCGACCAGCUCACCAAGGAGCAAAUCGGAGAGCUCGUAAUCAUGGAGCAGCUUCUACGUGUACUACCACCCGACGUCCGUACCUGGGUCCGAGAGCAUGAGCCUGAGGAUGGUCUUACCGCGGCCAGAUUGGCGCUGCAGCACCAGAACGCUCGUCGAGGAGGACCUCCUCGGUUCACCAGUUCUGCACCACGAUCUUCGCAGACGUCUGCACCCAACUUCCGUGUGCGGGAGGCAAGUCAGGACACCAGAGGUAACCCCAGCUCUGCUUCAACUCAGCCAGCGACUGGGCUCAGGCCAAGGCUGGUGUGGAACCCCUGCCUGACCUAG